AUGCAGGGAGCGGACAAUGACUCUGAUCUGCUGCAGAACUCAGCGCUGUUUGGGGGCAGCGUGCUCCAUGGAGAGCCUGUGUCUUUGCAAAAGCCUGAGGGACAUGGAUUUGGGGGGUCGGGGCCCAGCUUCCCUGGGGACUCUGGCAUGGGAGAGAGGUUGGGGGCCAGCGGCAGUAUGCAGAUGAAGAAUGACCCAGCAGCCGCCAUGCCGCCCAUUCAGCUGCCGCCAGGCUUCCCAAACUGGCCUUCGCCAAGCAAUGGCGCUGGCGGGCAGCAGCUGAAUGGGAUGGGGAAUGGGCAGCCUAGCGCAGCUGGGAUGCACGGCGCCGGAAACUCGAUGCCCAAUGGCGGCCAUGCCGGGCCGAGCCAUGUGCGCCACCACAGCGAUGCAAGCAGCAGCGGGGCUGGAGCAGCGGCUGGGACCAUGCCCAUGGUGCGCCAGGGCACCGGUGGGCCCAACAAGUCUCGCUAUCGGGGUGUCAGCUACGACAAGAAGAAACGCAAAUGGCGGGUGCAGAUAAAGGUUGCUACUUUGGGGAAGAGCGGCGUGUCUGUUGGCUACUACGACACAGAAGAGGCAGCUGCCCGUGCGUAUGACAGGGCUGCAAUUGGGCUCUUGGGGCGCAAUCAUUCUGCGAUCACCACAAAUUUCCCUCUGCAUGAGUACGACAAGGAGCCCGUCCCACAGCUCAUCGGCAAGACGCGGGAGGAGGUGAAGGCCACGCUCAAGAGUGAGCGGGCCAAAGUGCCCCGGCGGCGCUUCAGCAGCCGGCAGCGCACCAGCCGCUUCAUGGGCGUGGGCAGCAGCAACCGCAAGAACCAGUGGCAGGCCCGCAUUCUCGUGCACGGCAAGGUGACGCACCUGGGCUACUAUGAGACGGAGGAGGAGGCGGCGCGUGUGUACGACAGGGUGAGCAUCAGCCUGCACGGGCCGCACGCGCAGACCAACUACCCGGCCGCCGAGUACGAGGGGCAGGACUGCGGCGAGUUCCAGGGCCUGGCAAGGGAGGAGCUGCAACGAGCCCUGGGUGUCAAACCCAUGGACAAAUCCUCCCAGUACCGGGGCGUGAGCAAGAAGAAGGGCAAGUGGGAGGCCAAGGUGAUGGUGAACCGCAAGUGGGCCUACAGAGAGCUGUUUGACAGCGAGGAGGAGGCCGCGCGAGCCUACGACGAUGCGGUGUGGCGCCUGAAGCCCAAGGAGGCCAAGAGCUACAUCAACUUCAAGGAGCGCUACUCCGCUGAGCGCAUGCGCACCGCUGGGAAGCCCCGCCCGUCACGCCAGCUUCUUCAGAGAGGCUCGCAGCACAGCAGUGACUCGCCGCAGGGCGCAGCGUCCUCGCCGUCAGGCAGCCUCGUCUCGGCCGACGGCGGCCCCGGCAACGGCAACGGCGCGAGCGCGUUUGGGCGUUCGCUGCCGCCGCUGUCCCCCGCAUCGGCCGGGGAGGCCGGCAUUGCGCGCGUCAGUAGCGGCCGCACGCUGCGCGCGUCCGACCUGGUGCGCACCAACAGCUCUGCCAGCAGCGAGGAGCCCGCGAUGAUGCGCCGCCACUCCUCCAGCACGGGCGGCCUGCCCUCGUCCCUCAUGCAGGGCUUUGGCAGCACGCGGCCCCCCAGCCCCGGCUCCUCCGAGGAGGCCCUCUUCCGUGGCCACCUCAUGGGCGUGCCCCUGCCCGGCCAAGGCGGUCGUGCAGGGAGUCCAGUGAGCAGCACGGACGAUGGGCUGGCGAGAAGAAAAGGGCUCCCGGGGCUGCUGCCGCCCCAGGGGCAGGACAGCGCCACAUCGAAGAACUCCCUGCCCAAGUCUGCAUCCACCUCCCACCUGGGCGGCCUCAACCAGAUGCCUCCUGGUCCCAUGAACAUGGGGUAUUUCCCGGACGGGAGCUUCAUUCCUUUAGGGCCCACUGGGGAGGGCCAGCCGAGUGGCUACAAGCCUAGUCAGAUGCCGUCUGGGCUGAGGAUGCUUCGCACCAUGUCCACGCCCCACAUCGCUGUCUCCCAGGGCGCGCCCAUGCAGCCGGGCAUGGCCCCCUACAGCAUGUACAGCAUGGACAACUCCGGUGGCCAGGGGCAGUAUAUGAUGGGGGCGCCCCCGCAAUAUGUCACGUCCUCCAUGCCAUACGGUGCCAUGCACGGCGGCUAUGAGGGGCCUCAGGGCGCGAUGCGCAUGCGCCACUCGGCGUCGGCCGUGGAGCUGCCUCGGUCGGGCGGCAUGCAGGCCGGGGGAGGCAGCUUCCAGCAGCAGCAGCAGCCAUUCCCCAUGUAUGGCCUGGGCGCUCCCAUGGCGCCCCUCACCGACCUCCAGCACCUCAGCAGCCCCCGCGCCUCCCAGUCUGCUGGGCAGCUGGCGUCAGGCGGCAUGAUGGUGCGUGUGGGCAGCGAGCAGCACCUCAUCUCCGACCAGCCCCAGCAGCACAUGGGCCGCAACCCCUCCGACACUCCCUACCCUGGCCAGAGCGGCUCGCCCUCUCACCGCCCCUACUCCCCCUCCCCUGGAAGCAUGCCCAGCCCGCUGAUUGGCGGCCUCAACGGCAGCCUGGGCCUGCGAUCCCAGAGCGGCCUGUCCGUGGGCGAGGCAGGAACGCCGCGCAGAUCGGGGCUGCCCCCCCACCCGCCCAGCCCCGCCGCAUCCCCCAGCCACCACAGCCGCGCCCAGCUGCCCCCCCACUCUGGCCCCCACCAGCAGCCCCCCUCCGACAUGCAGGCAUGCAUGCACCUCAUGAACUUAAGAAACUCGCCAGACUUGCCUUGGGAGCGCUGGGCUGACUGGGCAUGUGGCACCCAGGUGGACGCACUUGAUGAGAAGCCUUUUAGCAUGGACACCCUGCAGCAGCAGGCGCAGGAUCAGUCACAGAGCGGGCAGCAGCAGAUGCCGGCCCUGCCGCAGAAUGCGCCGCUCACCUUCACCAUGGUCAUGCCCGGCUCCAUGGCUGCCCAGGACGAGGGCAUGGGAGGUAUGCCGCGCUCGCUGUCGAUGUCGCAGCUGCCCAUGCAGUACCGCAGCCCCGGCCUCAUCCAGUUCAGCGGCGGCAUGACCGUCCCUGGCUCCAUCCCCGCGCCGCAGUGGAUGGGUGCGGGGCAGGAGAUGGGCCAGGAGGGCGCUGCGGGCACUGCUGCGGCCUGGCGCUGCGAUUACAGCCUGCCCAGCGGCCAGCUGACGGGCAUGGGUCAGCGCUCCGCGUCCGCUUCCAACCUGGCCGCCAUGAACCUCCCUCAGGGCGACUGGUGUGGGUCCCAGGACCAACUGCAAAACGGCGCGUCGCUGGUCAAAUCGGCGUCGGUGUCGAGCCUGGGCCACCUGUGCAAGCAGUACCGGGCGCAGCCCUUCACGGCCACGCUGCCCACGCUGCACGCCGACAAGCCCACAGACGGCAUGGGCGCUGACCCCUCCCCAAACACCCUCGACGCCAACUCAUCCCUGCUGGAUGACUUGGCCGGGUCUGCAAUGGUGACGGAUGGCAAUGGCAUGGAGGGGUGCCCGUCGCCUCUGAGGGCCGUCCAGAUCGGCGGCGAAGACCUCACCAUGUUUGAUCACACUGGGGAGGGGGAUGGCACUGACUUCCUGCUGGACCCUGACCUCACCCCCGAUGACUGA